AGGUGGAGGAUCUGAAUCUUCCACAUUGCUCAGGGUCUGGAGGACCAGGGAGCUCGGCGCAGGCGCUCACCUGCAGCCUAGCUCCGUUUGGGGUCCCUUACCGUAGUAAUCGAGGUCCUGGAGGGAAGCGCAUAGAGCCAAUGGUUACGGACAAUAGUCACGGACGGGGCGGAGUUUGGAAAGGCGGGACUUAGCGGAAAGGGGGCGGUGACGAGCGGAGGGGCGGGGCCACCGGGCUGAGGGGCGGGACGCGCGGCAGAGCCAAACUCCGGUGAGAGUGCGAAGAUGGCAGCUGCGGACGAGCCGAAGCCUAAAAAGCUCAAGGUGGAAGCGCCGCAAGCGCUGAGUGAAAAUGUGCUGUUUGGAAUGGGAAAUCCUCUUCUUGACAUCUCUGCUUUAGUAGACAAAGAUUUCCUUGAUAAGUAUUCUCUGAAACCAAAUGACCAGAUCUUGGCUGAAGACAAGCACAAGGAAUUGUUUGAUGAACUUGUAAAAAAAUUCAACGUUGAAUAUCAUGCUGGUGGCUCUACGCAGAAUUCAAUGAAAGUGGCUCAGUGGAUGAUUCAGGAGCCACACAAAGCAGCAACAUUCUUUGGAUGCAUUGGGAUAGAUAAGUUUGGGGAAAUCCUGAAGCGUAAAGCUGCUGACGCACAUGUGGAUGCUCAUUACUACGAGCAGAAUGAGCAGCCAACGGGAACGUGUGCUGUGUGCAUCACUGGUGGCAACAGGUCCCUUGUUGCUAACCUUGCUGCUGCCAAUUGUUAUAAGAAGGAAAAGCACCUUGAUCUGGAGAGGAACUGGAUGCUGGUAGAAAAAGCCAGAGUUUACUACAUAGCUGGCUUCUUUCUCACAGUCUCCCCAGAGUCGGUAUUGAAAGUGGCUCGCUAUGCUGCCGAGAACAACAGGGUCUUCACUUUGAACCUGUCUGCACCAUUCAUUAGCCAGUUCUUCAAGGAAGCCUUGAUGGAAGUCAUGCCUUAUGUUGACAUCCUCUUUGGAAAUGAGACGGAAGCUGCCACUUUUGCUAGAGAGCAAGGCUUUGAGACUAAAGACAUUAAAGAAAUAGCCAAAAAGACGCAGGCUCUUCCAAAGGUGAACUCGAAGAGGCAGAGGACCGUGGUCUUCACACAAGGGAGAGAUGACACCAUAGUGGCUGCAGAAAAUGAUAUCACUGCUUUUCCUGUCUUGGAUCAAAACCAGGAAGAGAUCAUUGAUACCAAUGGAGCUGGAGAUGCAUUUGUCGGAGGGUUUCUGUCUCAACUGGUCUCUGACAAGCCUCUGACUGAAUGCGUCCGUGCCGGCCACUAUGCAGCAAGCGUCAUCAUUAGGCGAACUGGCUGUACUUUUCCUGAGAAGCCAGACUUCCACUGAUGGAAGAAAGAAAACUCAGG